AUGGACUCAGAUGAUCUGGAUGAUGUCCCUUUAGCUCGUUUGUUGAAGAAGACCAAUGUCCCAGAGGUUACUGUUCAAAUACCAGCGGCUCUUUUCGUGUCUAUUCAUUCUCAAGAAAGCUCGUCGAUUGAGGGAGUAUUUGUUCCUACUCCCGGUAUUCCUCUAGCUUCUAAUGUUCAACCUGGUCCAUCGAUGCAUUCCCCUCCUUCUUUGUCACUUCCCUUUGCACCAGAUGAUGCCCAUGCAUAUGUUCCUGAUAAUGUUCCUGGUGAUGUUUCUGUUGCACCUGAAGGGAAAACCGACUUUCAAAGUGAUGAGAAUGAGGUAGACCCUUCAAACCCUGAUGUGUGCACUGAAGAAGUUUCCACAAAUGCUGAUGAUACUCCUGCUACUACACUCAGUUCUUCUGAAGUCCCGGUUGCACAGAAGCCAAUCAAGAGGAAAUCACAACAAAAUCGGCGUAAUAUAACCACCAAAACAGGCAGAAAGAAGAUUCCUCCUAAUAUUCCAUCUGUUCCCAUUGAUGGAAUCUCGUUUCAUCACGAGGAGAAUGUUCAGCGUUUGAAGUUCAUGGUUCAGCAGCGAUUAGCAGUUGAGGUAAAUGUUUCUGACAAACAUCAAUCUUGCAUGAGUAUCAUGGACCUCAUUAAAAGAGCAGGAAAUGUUGUUGAUAUUGACUGUUCUCCAUCAUCUCCCUCCACUGAUGUUCUGGCUUCUGUAUUAUCUGGUGGGACUCUGUCUACGUGGCUUGUCAAUGGAAUCCCUGCAGUCGCUCUUAGCAUCAAAUAUGCCAUUCUGCAUAAGAUUGGUAUUGCUAAUUGGUUCCCCUCCUCUCAUGCCUCCAGUGUAUCUGCAGUCUUAGGAACUUUUUUGUAUCAAAUCUGUAAUGACAAUAAGGUGAAUACAGGUGCUUUAAUAUAUAAUCAGCUGUUAAGGCAUGUUGGUUCGUUUGGGGUCAAGGUUCCAAUUGCUCUCCGCGAUUUUUCUCGAGUCUACUACUUCACUUAA